GCUGGUUAUAAGUCGAAAAGAUUUAUCAGCAUGGCAUUGGAGCUACUGGAACUCACACUUCCGGCCCCUAUGAACGUCGAAGGUGAAAUAAGCGUCCACUAUUCUUAUCUCGGCGACUCGCAUCUCACGGAACCAUCCUCGGAAGUCGAUGAAAGAAUCAACAAUUUGAGACAAGAAUUGGACAGGAUCCUUGGAGAGCAUGGGAUACCAGUAACUUCUGUUGAUGGGCACGUCGUGACAGGGCCUCCAACUGGCGAUGAACCACACUACCAUGUACACGUUUCGCUACGCGAUGCGAUUCCAUUUUCCAAGGCUCUCGAUCAAAUGAGAAAUUCGACUGAAGUACUGUUUGAAAAUUACCAGAUCGAUCUUUAUGGGGGAAGGAUUCGUUUACAGAUCUCCUUCCGGCCGGUUAUUUUUCCUACUUCCCAAUUCAUCCCACUUAAGAGCGCCAAAGGGCACGAGAAACAAUUAUCGGCGUGCUGGCGGAAAGACUACCGACAAAGUGAUAUCUUACUAAGGUACUCGUUUUCGUGAGCGAUCAUGGUAGCUCGUGUGAGCUGUUGGAGCAAAUGUAAAUAUGCUGUCUUAUGCGGAUCGAUCGCGAGUCGAGCUUCUAAUCAACGCUUGGAGAGGAUCGGAAGUUGUACAGUAAUUAGACUAUGAGCAUUCUAUGGUAUCAAGCAUCUUUGGAUU